AUGAUGGGGCGCGGGGGGGCCGCGGAUCGAUGGCAGCACCUGGCGCAAUCCGCGCACCAGCCCCACGCGCCCAAUGGCUUCUCUUCCGCAGGCGCUGCCGCCGCCGCCGCUGCCGCUGCAGCAGCAGGUGGUGCGGGUGGUGGUGGCACGGGAGGCACGGCGGCCGGGAUUCCUGCGUUCGGCCCGUCCCACGCGCAGCAGGCGCAGGCGCAGGCGCAGGCGCAGGCGCAGGCGCAGGGUAGCCUCUUCGAGCGGUUCUGCUCGCCAGGACCCGCUGCGACGGGGUUCCGGCAGGCGUUCGUGAACGACGUGUGGGGCAAGGUGCAGCGGGAGCGCAUGGACGAGCAGGCGGAGGGGCGGCGGAGGGACCGCGAGCGGAAAGAGGCGGAGGUGGCGGAGCGGAAGCGCGUGGCGAAGGCGGGUAGGGAGGCGGAGAGGGAGCGGAAAAAGGCGGCUGCUGCUGAGAAGGCGGCGGCGGUUGCUGCGGCGGCUGUGGCGGCCAUGGGGGCGGGCGCGGGGAGGGAAGGCGGAGGCGGACAGCCGAAGGGGAAGGCGGGUGAGGAGGUGGGCGGAGAGGGGAUGGGCGCACCUGGUGGAAGGGCGGAAGGGGUGGAAGACGUGGGAGGAGAAGGGCGGAGCACGAGAAAGAGACAGAGGGGGAAGGAGGAUGUGCUACCAGACGAUAUGACUGCUGCUGUGCAUGCCGCCAUGGCUGCCGCGCGCGCUGCUCUUGGGACGGGCGGGAUGGAUGGCGUGGGGGAACGCGGAGGGCAUGAGGCGGAGGGGGAGAUGGAGGGCGCGGGGAGACAGGCGAAGAGGACUCGCAGGGAGGAGGAUCAGCCAACGGUUAUCAAUCUGGAUUCAGAUGGGCCAGCUGAAAUGGAGGUGGAUGUGAUAGAGGUUGCUGCGGCUGCUGCGGCUGCGGUGAGAAGCAAGGAGGCCAGUGGGGAGGGCGGGGGUGCGACUGCUGCUGCUGCCGCUGCUGCUGCCAGGGGUGCUGCUAAUGGUGUGAAUGGGGUGGUGGAUGAGAAGGGCGGGCAGAAAGAUGGGAAGUCGGAGGGUGAUGAGGAGGAGGGAAUGGAAGUGGCGGAUCCGGAUUUCUACUGCUUUGACAACGACCGCGAGGAGAGCGUGCAAGAAGGGCAGGUGUGGGCCCUAUAUGACGACCGAGACGGCUUGCCGCGUUUCUACGCGCUCGUGCAAAAGGUUUCCCAUCGCCCCGCCUUCAAGUGCCGCCUGCAGUGGCUCACGCCCCUCCCCUCCUCCUCCCGCCGCUCCGCCUCCUCCUCCCUCGUGCCCCCAUGCGGGUGGUUCCGCCUGGUUACCCGAGCCAAAACAAUGGAUAGCAUCAACGUCUUUUCCUGCCGCUUGCCAGGGGUGAAUCUUCACCCGAACUUUCCUCUCGCUGUGUUUCCGCAGCCGGGGCAGGUCUGGGCGGUGUUUACUGACCGGGUGCUGCAGCAGCAGCGGCGGAAUGGGACAGGUUUGGGGGGAGGUUCGGGGGAGGGGUUGGAGAGGUAUGAUGUGGUGCAGGUGGCACGGGAAGGGGAGGUGAAGGGGGGGUUGGCGGCGGUGGUGGGAGCGGCGGGGUUGAUUGGGCUGCCUGAGAGGCCGGAGGAUGGGGUGAGAGGGCAGUUGGUGGUGUGGCUGCUGCAGCGCAUGCAAGGAUACACGAGCAUCUUCCAGCGCACGAGCGAGUGUCUGGCAGUGGACGUAACAGUCUUCUCUCACUUCGUCCCCACGUACAUCUGCAAGGGCAACGAGGCCAACUCCAAGGGACUCCCCUCCCCGCCUCCAGGAGCCAUGGAGCUUGACCCGGCCGCCAUCCCUCCUGUCAUGUCACCCAUUCACACUUGA